CACUUCCGCAACUCGGCUGCGACGACGGCUCCGGCACUUGCAGGCCGAACUCGUAGCGCCAUCACCAUCCCAACCAUCCCAACCACACCAACCACCACCCAGCAGCCACCUACCAGCAACCACCAGCAGCUACCAGCAGCUCCAGCGCUGCGAACAGCCCCAUUCCUUCAGUUGACUUCGCGUUGGCGGUAGCCGCCAGCCGCUGCUGCGAUUGCAAAUCAGAAUCGGAAUCCGGAUGCUGCAGUCAGUGCUCCGGGGCGACUGAGUGGCAAUGGAAUUCGACGGAGCGCUCGGCACCGAUUAUUCCGCCAGAUGCGAGACACGGCAGCCACCAGCGCCCAGCCAGCCAUGAUUGUGAUGAGCAUCUGGUGCAGCAGCCUCAGCCUGAGCAGCCGCAGCCUGGCCAUCGCCCUGGUGAUCUGCGUGACUCUGGUCUACUUCUCCUACAGCUUCAACGCCUGCCUCCUGGCCAGCAUCAGUCGCAGCCUGCAGCAGAGCAACUUACGCAACCUACUGGCGCUGACCUCCUCGCCCCGCAACGAGACCAAUAACGCCACCAACAGCAGCAGCAGCAGCAGCAGCAGGAACAGCUCAUCCACCACCGGUGCUCCGCCGGCACAGACGGUGACCAGCAGCCUGGAUGGGGCGCCCAAGUAUCAGCUGCUCCGUCAGCAGGGGCUCCGACCAUCGCGCCACCUGCCCGACACGCUUAUCAUUGGCGUGAAGAAGAGCGGGACGCGGGCGCUGCUCGAGUUCAUCCGCCUGCAUCCGGACGUGCGGGCCGCCGGCUCGGAGGUGCACUUCUUCGACAGGCACUACCAGCGGGGACUACGCUGGUACCGCCACCACAUGCCGUACACCAUCGAGGGCCAGAUCACCAUGGAGAAGACGCCCAGCUACUUCGUCACCAAGGAGGUGCCGCAGCGCGUCUACCACAUGAAUCCGGCCACAAAAUUGCUGAUUGUGGUGCGGGAUCCGGUGACGCGGGCCAUCUCCGACUACACGCAGGCGGCGAGCAAGAAGGCGGACAUGAAGCGCUUCGAGCAGCUGGCCUUCGUCAACGGGAGCUACUCGGUGGUGGACACCAACUGGGGGCCGGUGAAGAUCGGCGUCUAUGCACGCUACCUGGAGCGCUGGCUGCUCUACUUUCCGCUCUCGCAGCUGCUCUUCAUCAGCGGCGAGCGGCUGAUCAUGGAUCCCGCCUACGAGAUUGGACGCGUACAGGACUUCCUCGGCCUGAAGCGCGUGGUCACCGAGAAGCACUUCUACUUCAAUGCCACCAAGGGCUUCCCCUGCCUCUUCAAGUCGGAGGCCCGCUCCACGCCCCACUGUCUGGGUAAGACCAAGGGGCGCAACCAUCCGCACAUAGAUCCCGGGGCCAUAGAGCGCCUCCGCGAGUUCUAUCGGCCGUUCAACAACAAGUUUUACCAGCUGACGGGCAUCAACUUCGCCUGGCCAUAGGAUCCACGGCUGGGUGAGUAGACGGAACUGGGAUACAUGCAAGGCUAGUACCGAAAUGGAUUGGAUUGGCCAGAGACUAGGCCAGAGGCUAGCCAUCUUCACUGAUCUGCUCAAUUUACAUAUCACAUCCAUCCCCAUUGGAGUAUGCUUGACUAUCCCCAAGUCCUAAUCCCUAAUCCCUAAUAUCUGGUAUCAAUUUCCGUUUCAGCAGGCGCGAAACGAAUGGAGUUUGAGAAUAGGAGAUAUUGUUGUUGCUGGCCACGGCAACGGACUGAUAUUGUUGAUUGCAUUUUUGAUACAUAUAAUUGUACUUAUAUAUAGUAUAUACACACACAUAAAGUUAGUGCUCAAUUAAUUGUAGCUUUAUCUGGAGACAAAUUCAACGAAGUGCGCCCCCUGAAAAGUCCGCACUCAAACAAUACGGUUCCUCACUCCAAUUCAAAUGAAAUGAAACUCAACUCACUCUUCCCACUAUACUCAAAAGUCAGGCAGUUGGACGUGGAGGAGCCACGUUCGAUCCACGUUCGAGAUGGACAUGGUUCCCCCGUCCGCUGGGCACACACAUUGCUAUGUACUACCACUACCUAAGAUCAUUAUACCUAAGAUCAUUAUGUGCAUUUAUAUACAAGAAUAGUGAAAAAAUAGAGCUUACUACGAAAUUCCUACAGUCUCCUAAACUAAACAACAUAUACAAAAUAUUGUAUGCAUAGUUCCAAGAAUUUCAAUUGCAUGACUCAACCAAUACGAUUGCUUAGCCAAUUUCAAUUAAAACACAAACUAAAUAAAUCGACCUUAAAUCUAGUCAGCCGCUAA